AUGAAAGGACUGCGACUCACAGUGAAACUUACCAUCCAGAAUCGUCAGGCCACUGUAUCGUUCGUCCCUACAGCCUCGUCUCUCCUUAUCAAAGCCCUCAAAGAGCCAGUCCGCGAUCGCAAGAAGGCACCGCACGUUCGGUCGGUUGCACAAUCGACGGUGAGACUCCACAGGCAAUCAUCGAGAAGAUUAAUUCUGGCGAGAUUGUCGUUACUAAUUAAGUCAAUAAAUCCUUUUGGUUAUCGGCGGUCUCUUCCCGCCAAGGUCCACUCAGCCUUCCAUCCCACCAUGGGUCGGUAA